UUCAGCGCGCAAAUCGUCCAGUUUAGUUGGAUUUUUCAAAUUACCGCUGAUUCAAUGCUGGAUUUCGUGCGAGAAAUACUCAGCAACAUAUCGAACUCAUUUUAGUGCUUUUAUGAGCUGUUGUGAGACGGAGGUUUCAGUCUUGACUCCUGUGCCAAUUUUGCGUAGGAUAUGGGAGUUUCAUGGAAAGAAUGCGUUUUUGUAGUAUUUAGUACUCUGUUACAUGGGAUCCAUAGUUUGCGAGAUGUUCAAGUUACCAUACCAGCAGUUGCCAGAGUAAAAGACACCAUCAUCUUACAGUGUAACUACGAUUUGGAGAAUCAGCUUUUAUAUACCGUUAAAUGGUAUAAAGCAGGCAAGGAAUUCUACAGGUUUAUUCCACGAGAACUUCCACAUUCUAAAGUGUUUCCUAUGACCGGGGUUCAUGUAGACCUGAAUAAAAGCACUUCACGCGAAGUAGUUUUACGGAAUGUACAAGUGGAGGUAUCGGGAACGUAUACGUGUGAAGUUUCUUCAGAUGCUCCUGACUUCGAUACGAAAAUGGAUUCUGCUCAUAUUUUUGUUGUAGAUUAUCCAUUCGAAGAUCCUUUAUUAGCUAUAGACAAAAACCUAGUCGAUAUAGGGGACUAUAUUAAAGCAAAUUGUUCAACUUUUCCUUCAUACCCAGCGGCAAACAUCAGCUGGUACUUGAAUGGAAUGAAGGUCAGGCACAACUUUUUGGAGAGAUUUGAAAGCAAUCCUGAGUUUGCACCGAGUAAACGAAACUACUACUCAACAUCAUCUGGGGUGGAAUUAAUAGUUACGGAUGAUACCUUCCGGGACGGAAAAGCAAUCUUGAGCUGUGUCGCCACAUUGUUUAAGAUCUACAGAGGGGAAAGAAAACACACGUUUGAGGAAGGCCAUGCAAAACCUAGACCGUCCUCUGUCUUGAGUCCUUUGGAUGUUAGAUCAGGUAGCCGAAGACUGGGAAUAUGCCAAAUCGGCUAUGCAUUACCUCUUCUCCUAGUGCAUGUGCAUCGAUAAAACUAAAUUUAUUCGCGUUAAUAGCAAAAUACGGAAUAACAGGGACUUUUGUAUUGAUGAUUUCUUUAUCUAAGGUGAAAUGGAAUGGGGCAAGUAGUUUUCCCCAUUAGCCGCUUCGAGAAUUCAAUAAUUUUCUAAGAACUAAUACUAAAAUAUUUAAAAAGUCGCUGUCAGACAUGGUGGAUAGAACUAAUUAAACUUAUUUUCCAAACCCACUUGGCGUAAUAUUUAUGUCUUAGUUAGACGAAAAGUUAAACAAAACAGCAAAUAGCACAAGCAUAAUCAAAUGGGAAUACUUUACAGACAUUUCUUAUGUUAUUUCAUAUUUUUCAUUAUUUAAUAAUCAAGCAAUGGAGUUUAUUAAAAUUAUAUUGAGUUGACAAACGUAAAAACAUCUAAAACCGAAAUUGCCUGUUCAUUGUCAACAUGUUGUAACAUUAGUAACAUGUUGCAUUAGUUUUGCGAGUAAAAGCUGUUUGCAACGUCUUUGAACAACAUUAUUUCCAUACACCAUGCUCAUAUUAAUCAAUGCAUAUUUGAUAUGAAAGUUAAAUAUCAUUGGCACAUUUAAUUUAUAUUUAUAUCGAAAUCAUCAGCACUCCAUCUCUCUUUGUCUCAAGAUCAAAACAAUCGAAACAUGUACAUACAGAUGUAUAUAUCUAGUACGAAUAAAUGAAACAAGCUGGUAAUAACUAAGUUAAUGCAGUUCGUGUUGGCAACGGAUAAAUAUUUUCGAGAAUUCUUCUUUUGCAAUAUUAAAUAAAGCUUUAUUUCACUUUCGUUGAAACUCAAUCAUUGACAUUUACCUCCCACACCUGAUUUACAAAAUCAUUAUACGGAUCUACACAGGAUAAUAUUAGUCACGUUUUUCGUAUACGAUAUUUGUUAUGAACACAUCUGGCAGAUCAUAGGUUUACAAUUUAUAACGAAAAAUCACUACUCCUAAUACAUAUUUUCAAAUCCAACAGACGUUUUUCGUUAAAUUGAUAUUUGGCGCUUUCAAUUAUUUUAUCUACAACUAUUAUAUAAUGUCUACGAUUUGGCACUCUUUAAAAUGCCAUAAUGAUGCUUAUUACCGCACUAGCGCGAUAAUAAAUCUGUCGAUCGUUGUUAAAGUUGUGUCUUCAAGUUGCAUAUUUUAAAACAAGUUCAAGCGAUGAUCUGCCAUCUGAUAUUGAGAAUAAAUAAAUGGCAAGUGGAUUUUGAUCGGUAGCAGAAAUGGUGCAGUGAGCGAAAGAUACACACACAAAGAACAUCGAGAACCAAAAGGAUGAGUCGUCUGCAAACUGUCUUCCUAAAAAUCACUAAGAUCUGAUAUCACACAAAUGUCUGACGAUCUGAACAAAAUGGAUAUUUUCCUUAAAGUUGUAAUUUGUAUUUGUUACCGAGAAAACUUCAAAUAAUUUACAUUACAUGGAUUGAUCGACAAUUUUACAUGGAUCAGUUGAAAUUGAAGCGAACCGUUUGAUUCCAUUAUGUUCAUCGCUUGCGUAAAAUGAAAAUCAGUUAAUAAAGCUGUCAGAACUAAAAUAUAUCAUUUUGGUUAUUAAGAUUUAUUACUCGUUCAUUAUUUUUUGAACCGUCUGAGUAAAUGAAGAUGUAUGGGCUUUUUGAAAUUGCAAUCAAAUGUGUAAUACAUUUAGAACCCUAAGGAUAAGUCGAUGUACAAUGUACUGGGUGAUUCGUUUAUUAUAACCACUAUGAAACUAUGCAAGUGCCGAAACUUUUUGCUUAAGUCAACUGCAAAAAAUAAUUUUCUCCUAUUUAAACAUCACAGACGAUAGGUAAUUUAAAAUGUAAUACAAAUACUCAAUACGGUAAAGCAGCAAGCUAUACCAUGCCUGAGCGGUGGCACUAAAAAUAAAAUAAAAUAAAAAUAAUCAAGCCGUGAUUAAAUCGAUAUCUUCUAGAACUGAUUACGCAUAUCAUAGACAAAUACUUUAUUUGUAAUAUUCCACAAGAUCUGAGGUGGUUCUACAUAUCUAACUAAGCCUUUGUCACACAUGGUUGAAAGUUGGUAGAAAAUACUUAGAUUUCAAAUCCACAAUUUGAAACAGCCUAAGGAGCUGUAAUGUGUAAGAAAUGUAAAGGAAACAAUUAACAGAACACCUUAAAAUGUAAAUCACUUGCGUUCCCAAUCUGUAUGUAUAGGUGGCACAGGAUAUAAACGACUCAUCCGAUACCUAUAAUAUGAUAAUAAUUUCAUAAACUGUUAGAAAAUCAAUUGUAUUCAUGAUGUUCAUUGGUUUGGAACUAACUAGACGUGUAUGUUAAAUGUAAAUACUGUUAAUAAAAACAAUUCAAUUGAAUAGAG